AUGCAGGUGAAAACAGUGAACGGACAGCUGGAAAACAACUGGCUUGUCCCUCUGGUGUGCUCUGCCCCUCACGUUAUGGGAUUUCUCCGCAUGUGCAUAACAAAGAAACGGCCAUCCUCCGGCACUAAAGCUGAGAGAUUCAAGAGGGCUGAAGUAAGGCCACAGACUAAAUCUGCUUCCGGUCUUACCAAGAAGCACACAGACGACCUUUUUGCUAAGGAAGAACAAUACAAACUCUUAAAUGCAGAGCUAGAGGCCAAAACAGCGGAUCUAGUAAGACAGGCAGAACAACUUAUGAGAGGGCAGAGUGAAGUUCUGUCGAAGCCCUUAUCCACCCUCCUGCUUACAGAUAUUGAAGAUGAAGAGGAUUCAAGGAUGAUAAAGCCUCAACAGAGUACUGUGAAGGAGCCCCGUGUGAAGGUGGUGAUCAAUAAAAGGGUCACAUCAACAUCACAAAGCAUGCGUACUGGAAAACAAGGAAAAGAGUCUCACUGUAAAACAGCAACCUCAAAGGCGUCUCAUUCAGAUAAGUUAGAAGCUAUAGAAGAUUCAGUUGAUUUUUUUAUGGCAAAGACGAUACGUACCAUGGAGGAGAAGAUGAAUGACACUGUCACUCAUGAAAAUGUUGUGGAUGAUCAUGAUGUGUGUAACGCUGGAGACAAUGUAGGAUCAGAUGCUCAAAUACGAGUUCUCAAGGCAAAACUAAGAAUUAUGCAGGAAGAAGUGGAUCAACUUUCAUGUGAAUAUUAUAAGAAGGAUGAUGAAAAUGCUAAGCUCAGUGCAAAAAUUAAGGAGAUUGAGGAAGAUCGAGCCAGACUACAGAAGACCACAAGCAUUCAGAAAACACAGAUUGAGAAGCACAGAGCUUUAGCAGAGGAGUCUGCUAAAAAAUGUGAUGGCCUUCAACUCCAAGUGUCUGGUUUACACAAGGAAAUAGAAAAUCUGAAUAGAUCCAACAAACAAGCAGCAGCCGUCCACAGCACGGUGGAGGUUCGUCUGAACAGAGCUCUGGAGGAGGUGGAGAGGUUAAAGACUCAACUGAACAAGAUGAAGCAGAUGAAUGAGGACAAGGUAAGCAAGGAGCAUCAGAGUAAAGAAAAUCUACUUGCUGAAAACAAAAUGCUAAAAAAACAGAAAGCAGAACUCAUUGUGGGUUUCAAGAAACAGCUCAAGCUGAUCGACAUUCUCAAAAAACAAAAGAUGCAUUUUGAAGCUGCCAAGCUGCUGUCAUUCACAGAAGAUGAGUUCAUGAAAGCUCUAGACUGGGGGAAGUUAUAAACACCGAGUGAUUCAGCAUUUA